AAAAUCUUGUCCUGUUCUUACCAAACGGACCCUAAGAGACGAUUCAUUAUGUCAAUUGUAAAAAGAAAGCACAAAUACCUUUCUCCCUUUCGAUAUCUCUCUCGAUUCUCCGACGACGGCAGCGCAGCAGGAUCCGUCGCCAGUCUCUCUCGGAGGUCUCUCAUUCUCUCCGCCGGCGGUAUAUCUUUCGGAGCCCUCUCAGUCGUUAUAUCUAUCGGAGCUCUCUCAGUCUCUCGAUCGGCCCUUUCUCUGGGGAGUUAGGAAAUUCAAAUUUGUCAGGGCAUUUGGUUUCGAACUUGAGAAGCUUGAGCAUCUGCAGUAUCUGAACUCUACAAAAGCAACAUUCACAGUACUAUUACAGCAUCUUUGGGUCCUAGAUUGUUUCCCGUCAUCUUUGCAAAUGAAACUUUCAUUCUCCCUCCCUUCUAAAACAAAUUCAAAGCCAAACCCCAUAAAACCAUCAAAUAACUUUGGGGAUGAUAGUAAGAACAGCAGCAAUCCCGUGGAUUCUAAACAAUUUGUCACUGAAUUUAACGCACAUGAAAUUGUAAAUGACAGUGGCAGGCAAAAGGCUUCGGUUAUCCCUCCUAUACAAAAUGAGUGGGAGCCACGUAAAAAGAUGAAGAAUUUUGAACUUCCACUUGUGCAAGCCGAUGGCUCUGGUGGUCUUCAUUUUGAGGUUGAAUCAUUGUCCGCUGUUGCAGAGGCUAAUGAUUCGAAUAUGUCAUAUGGCCUCAACCUGAGGAAGUCUACUAAGGGUGUUGAAGAGACUGAAGGCCCUAAGGAUCAAGUCAUCGGUUCAGAUUCUAAACCACCAUUAAUGGAACCAUCAAGAAAUGUUCCUGCAGAAGAUGGUUUGCUUCAGAAAUUAAAGUUUGACCUGCAUAGGUUGCCUGAGGAUCAGGGAAUGGACGAGUUUACAGAUAUGCCCGUGGAGGGUUUUGGUGCUGCUUUGCUUGCUGGAUAUGGAUGGUACGAAGGGAGAGGCAUUGGGAAGAAUGCCAAGGAGGAUGUUAAGGUAGUUGAGUAUCACAAGAGAACGGACAAGCGUGGUUUGGGGUUUGUGAGUGAUGAUGUUCCCACUCCUGGUGUGAAUUCUAAACAAAAAUUAAAUAGCAAAGGAAAAGAGAAUGAUAGGGAGAAAGAGAAAGAAAAGGGCCGAGAGGAUAGGAAUAGGGAAGGUGGAAAUUUCGUAGAGAAAUAUGUGCGGAUAGUUGGGGGAAGUGAUGCAGGUCUGAAAGGAAGGAUUGUUGAAAAACUAAGUCGUGAUAGAGUAGUUGUGAGGCUAUCGAGGAGUGAAAAGUUGGUGGAACUGCAAGUUGGUGAUGUUGCAGAUCUGGGUUCUAAGGAAGAAGAAAGAUGCUUGAAGAGAUUAAAGGAAUUAAAGAUUAAAGAAAGAGGCUUGAAGAGAGUAGAGGAGUUUCCAAGGAGUCAAGACAGGUCAGAAAUUAAGGCAAAUAAGCCAGUGAGGGAGGAGGUAAGAAGAGACAGUAAAAGCCUCAAUAAUGAAAGUAGAAACUCUAGUAGCGUUGGGCAAAUCUCGUGGCUUACAAGCCAUAUCAGGGUUAGGAUCAUUAGCAGAGACUUGAAAGGAGGAAGACUGUAUUUGAAGAAGGGCAAAGUGGUUGAUGUGGUAAGUCCUAGGGUCUGUGACAUAUCCAUGGACGAGAGCAAUGAGCUUAUUCGUGGUGUCUCACAAGAUCUUCUUGAGACUGCACUUCCUCGACGAGGAGGGCCAGUACUUGUUUUGUUUGGGAAACAUAAGGGAAUCUAUGGCAGCCUUGUGGAGCGGGAUUUGGACCAAGAAACUGGUAUUGUUCGAGAUGCAGAUACUCAUGCUUUGCAUAAUGUCCACCUAGAACAGGUUGCAGAAUAUAUCGGGGAUCCAAGUUAUCUUGGCUAUUGAGUCUUCUGAAGCCAUUUAAACUAAUAUUAAUUAUUCUAGCGACCUACUGUACUUUCCAUAUUUCACUCAUGUAGUGAUAAUUUUUUUACUGAUAGAUUUGGUCAGCUCUUCUCUUGUUAUGUAAAUUUUCUCUUUGCGAGCUUAAAAUUCUUUACUAUAAUUUACAAUCUCAAUCAUAACCCCUUUUUAAUCUCAAAAUAAAAAAUAGCUUAUAGUGUAUUGUUUGUAUGAAAUUUACAUUUUGUUUUUCAAUACCGACUGGAAAGUGGGUCUUGUACUAUUUACAUUUUUGAGGACCAUGUUUGGUUUUUUCUGAGUUUUGUUUUGCUAAUAAGGGUUUACUUAUUAAACAGAAGAAAUAAAAAGGAAAAAAUAAGUUAAUUAUUUA